UGAAUUUUCAGUUUAAAGCAAAAUCUAAACAGUUCGGUUCUUCAAAUAUUUCGUGAUUUAUUUUUUUUGUCGUCAUAUUUUUAUAAAUCUGUGCAAGCAACAAUUAGGGGCACAGUACGUGUUUAUUUUUUUCUGCUGUCCCGUGUGGCGAAAUAUUUCCUCGAGUUAGAUCCAAAUUAUGUCGUUCUUUAAGAAUAUGUUAAACGGCAAUGUUAAGCGCAGCCCUAUACCAGAUGAAAAGACGAAAGAAAAAGAAAUUGACAUGCCAACGACAGAUAUAUUCGAGGGGGGACACAAGCUGACGGCACUCGAAAACAUUGGAUCAUCUCUGACCACAUUGUGGAGCAGUUGCGGCCUUAAUGUGGUUUCCAGCAGUAAUGACAGCCUCAGCUCUGAGCCAGAACAAAAAAACAUUCCAAACACUUCAAAUGAAAUUGCGAGCGCAAAUGCUGAAGACACAACUCUACGCUCCUCAUAUUAGUUGUCCACUAAACGGAGCGCAGAUCUGGUAUAUUGAACCAACAUCAUUCAAUCCACAAAUCAUGCCACUUUAAAGCAAAUCAAAACAAACACAACCCAAAAAGUAACCAUAUACAAAUG